AUGACAAGUUUAAUGACAAUUAUGCAGGACUACUUUGAUUACCGAAAUUUUCGUUAUCUACGUCUUGAUGGAACUACUCGUUCAGAAGAUCGUGGAGAAUUACUAGUGAAAUUUAAUGAUACUUCCGAGGAUAUAUUUAUUUUCUUACUUUCAACUCGUGCUGGCGGCCUAGGUCUUAAUCUCCAAGCUGCGGAUACAGUGAUUAUAUUCGAUUCAGAUUGGAAUCCUCAUCAAGAUUUACAAGCACAGGAUCGUGCUCAUCGUAUUGGUCAACAAAACGAGGUUCGAGUUCUGCGUUUAAUCUCAAUAAAUUCAGUUGAAGAAAAAAUCUUAGCAGCAGCGCGUUUCAAAUUGGACGUGGAUCAAAAAGUUAUCCAGGCCGGUAUGUUUGAUCAAAAGUCUACUGGUACCGAACGACGUCAGUUUUUACAAGCGUUACUUGAACAAGAUGAAGAAGCCGAUGAAGAAGAAGAUGAAGCACCUGAUGAUGAAACUAUUAAUCAGAUGUUAGCCCGAAACGAAGAAGAAUUCGAAAUCUACCAAAGGUUAGAUGCCGAACGCCAAUUUGCUGAAAGUCAACAGGCCAAACGGGAACCACGUCUAAUGGAGUUUUCAGAAUUGCCAAAGUGGAUUGUACGAGAUGACAUCGAGCUUGAACGAAGUCUUUCAUUAGAGGAUAAUGUUUUUGGAAUGAAACGUCAGCGUAAAGAAGUGGAUUAUUCAGAUGCACUCACUGAGCGUCAGUUUCUUAAAGCAAUCGAUGAGGGUAGCUUAGAAGAAGCUGAAGAACGUCAGCGUCAAAAACGAGCAGCACGAAAAAAACGCAAGCGAUUAGAUGAUUCUAGUUUUAUGGAUGAUGGGAGCUCAGAAACUGGAAGCGUUAUUAUGGCUGCACCACAAGCUGCUAAACGUCGCCGUGGACGUCCACCUCAUGGUUCUUCUACUGGGAGUACAUCCAGAUCAUCUAAUCAAUCAGUUUCACCAAAGUUAGCUAAAAAACUACAACGUUUAUUAGAUAUUGUGAUAGAAUACAAAGACAAAGAUCAAAGAAUUCUUAGUGAACCGUUUAUGAAAUUGCCUACAAGAAAAGAAUUGCCAGACUAUUAUGAGUGA